GCAGGCCCCUCCCCUCCGUCCACCUCCACCGGGCUGCCGUGGUCGCCGUCAUCCUGGCCUCCUCCGCCCGCCCCCGCGCUGUCAGCGGCGGCCCGGCCUGGGUCCACGCCGUGCCAAGACGGAGGCGGCGGAGGGUACACGCACACCCAGGCCAGUAAGGAUGAAAAUCUUGUAAAAAUGCCCUGAGAAGAAAAGGAGAAGGAAGACGUUAGAACGCUGCCGACUUUGAAACAACUUGGCCCUAUAGAUGCUGAUUCUCAUAAUGGAUCAAAGGAAAAAUGAUAGCUUUGUCCCAAGUAUCACUCAGUUGGAAGAUUUUCUGACAGAACAUAACUCCAAUGUGGUGUGGCUUCUUGUUGCUACAAUUUUGUCCUGUGGAUGGAUUAUAUAUCUCACUUAUUAUAAUUCCCGGAAUGUUGGACUUAUUUUAACACUAGUUCUUAACAGAUGGUACAAGAAUGGCUACAUCCACAUUGGUUCAUUUUCUUUCUCUGUCCUUUCUGGAAAAGUGAUGGUCCGAGAAAUCUAUUACAUCACGGAGGAUCUGUCUGUCAGAAUUCAAGAUGGAUUUAUCAUUUUUCGGUGGUGGAAAAUGUAUAACCCGAAACAGAAGCAACAUGAUCCAAAGGCAGAGACUAGAUUGUACAUCACAGUGAAUGACUUUGAAUUUCAUGUCUACAAUCGUUCUGAUCUUUAUGGACAACUUCAAGAAUUGUUUGGUUUGGAGCCAACCAUAAUUCCAUCCAAAAAAGAUAGCGACAGAGUGCUGGAGAAUGGGAGAGAGAGGACGCGGUCCAACAUUGAAAGAGUCAAAGUAAGAACAGAAUCUCAGGAUCCCUCGUCUUCAUGGAGGUCCCUUAUUCCAGUCAUAAAGGUCAAUGUGAGCACAGGUCGUUUGGCAUUUGGGAAUCAUUACCAACCACAGACUCUGUGUAUUAACUUCGAUGAUGCUUUCUUAACAUACACCACAAAGCCGCCAUCCAGCCACCUUGACCAGUUUAUGCAUAUCGUGAAGGGAAAACUAGAAAAUGUCAGAGUCAUGCUUGUGCCCAGUCCCCGAUACGUUGGUCUUCAAAAUGAUGAGCCACCAAGAUUAAUGGGAGAAGGUUUUGUUGUGAUGCAAUCCAACGAUGUUGACAUUUACUACUAUAUGGAUGAACCAGGCCUGGUCCCAGAAGAAACUGAGGAAACUAUUGAGGGAGAAAUGAGCAGUGAGGAUAGUAAAUUGCAAGACUUGCCUCCAUGUUGGGGAUUGGAUAUAGUUUGUGGUAAAGGAACAGAUUUCAAUUAUGGACCCUGGGCUGACCGACAGAGAGACUGUUUAUGGAAGUUUUUUUUCCCACCUGAUUACCAAGUUAUGAAAAUUUCUGAAAUUGCUCAGCCAGGGAAACCGAGGCAAAUCCUUGCUUUUGAGCUGCGGAUGAAUAUCAUUGCAGAUGCCACGAUUGAUUUGUUGUUCACAAAAAAUAGGGAAACAAAUGCUGUACAUGUAAAUGUGGGAGCUGGGUCAUAUUUAGAAAUCAACAUUCCUAUGAUAGUUGGGGAAAAUGGUUAUACCCCUGCAAUUAAAGGACAACUUUUACAUGUUGAUGCUACCAGCAGUAUGCAAUACCGGACCCUUUUAGAAGCAGAAAUGUUAGCAUUCCAUGUCAAUGCCAGCUAUCCCCGAAUAUGGAAUAUGCCUCAGACGUGGCAGUGUGAGCUAGAAGUUUACAAAGCAACUUAUCACUUCAUCUUUGCUCAGAAGAACUUCUUUACAGAUUUAAUUCAAGACUGGUCGAGUGAUAAUGCCCCUGAUAUUUUUUCAUUUGUUCCAUAUACAUGGAAUUUUAAAGUUAUGUUCCAUCAAUUUGAAAUGAUUUGGGCAGCGAAUCAACACAAUUGGAUUGACUGUUCAACCAAACAACAAGAAAAUGUUUAUCUGGCAGCCUGUGGGGAAACAUUAAAUCUUGAUUUUUCUUUGCCUUUUACUGACUUUGUUCCAACUACAUGCAAUACAAGAUUCACUUUAAGGGGAGAAGAUGUCGAUCUUCAUUUAUUUCUACCAGAUUGCCACCCUAGUAAAUACUCAUUAUUCUUGUUGGUGAAAAAUUGUCACCCAAAUAAAAUGACUCCAGAUUCUUGUAUUCCUGCUGAGUGUCAGAGUGGCCAGAAAACAGUGAAACCAAAAUGGCGAAACAUCACCCAAGAAAAGGCUGGCUGGGUUGAAUGCUGGACUGUUCCAAGUGUGAUGCUUACCAUUGACUACACUUGGCAUCCAAUCUAUCCUCAGAAGGCAGAUGAACAGUUAAAGCAGUCAUUGUCAGAGAUGGAAGAAACAAUGUUAUCUGUACUAAGACCAUCUCAGAAAGCAUCAGACAGAGUUGUUUCUUCUCCUACAACCUCUUCACGCCCUCCUGUUGAUCCAUCAGAACUGCCGCCUGAUAAGCUUCAUGUAGAAAUGGAACUCUCUCCAGAUUCUCAGAUAACCCUGUACGGACCUCUGCUGAAUGCCUUUCUGUCUAUAAAGGAGAAUUACUUUGGAGAAGAUGACAUGUACAUGGACUUUGAAGAAGUGAUUUCCAGCCCUGUCUUAUCGCUCUCCACUUCAUCCAGCUCUGGCUGGACUGCUGUUGGAAUGGAACAUGACAAAAAAGACAAUGAGGCAUUGGCCAAACCGGUCCAUCCCCUUACCUUGCGUCCAUGGGACAUCACAGUGCUCGUGAACUUGUACAAGGUUCACGGGCGCCUUCCUGUUCAUGGAAGCACUGAUGGUCCUGAAUGUCCAACAGCUUUCUUGGAAAGAUUAUGUUUUGAAAUGAAAAAAGGAUUUAGAGAAACCAUGCUGCAACUUGUUUUGUCCCCACUAAAUGUAUUUGUGAAUGAUAACUACCAGCAGCGACCUCCUGUGGAUGAAGUGCUUAGAGAAGGUCACAUCAGCUUGUCAGGUCUGCAGCUCCGAGCACAUGCCAUGUUUUCGGCAGAAGGUCUCCCUCUGGGAAGUGAUUCCUUAGAAUAUGCAUGGUUAAUUGACGUCCAGGCUGGGUGUCUGACAGCUAAAGUUACAGCACCACAGCUGGCAUGUCUACUGGAAUGGGGACAGACAUUUGUUUUUCAUGUGGUGUGCCGAGAAUUUGAGCUGGAAAGACCAAAAUCUGUAAUAUUAUGUCAGCAUGGAAUUGAUCGUCGCUUCUGUGAAUCUAAGAUGAGUUGUGUUCCUGGGCCUUGUUCAACCUCGGAUGACCUGAAGUACACGAUGACCCGCUUAGCGGUAGAUGGUGCAGACCUCUAUGUCGUGGAGCAUGGCUGUGCUACAAAUAUAAGGAUGGGUGCCGUACGAGUUGCCAACUGUAAUCUCCAUAAUCAGUCAGUUGGGGAAGGGAUAAGUGCUGCAAUCCAAGAUUUCCACGUAAGACAGUACAUUGAGCAGUUGAGUAAUUGCAGAAUUGGACUUCAGCCUGCGCUCCUACGGAGGGCUUAUUGGCUCGAGGCGGGAUCAGUCAACAUAGGGCUCGUCACUGUGGACGUUGCCUUAGCUGCGGACCACCAUUCCAAACACGAGGUGCAGAGACAUUUCUUAGAAACUCAUGACAGGAGAACCAAGAGGCUGUGGUUUUUGUGGCCAGAUGAUGGUGUGAAGAGUAAAAGGGGCAGAAACAAGUGUGGCUGUUUAGGAGGCUGCAGGUUCUUUGGGGGCACGGCCACUGGCCUGGACUUUUUCAAGCUGGAAGAGCUUACUCCCUCCAGCAGUUCGGCCUUUUCUAGCACAAGUGCAGAGUCUGACAGGUGUUACGGACAGUCCCUCCUGCAGCCUGGAGAAUGGAUUAUCACCAAAGAAAUACCCAAAAUUGUUGACGGUAAAAUAAAUGGCACGAAAAGGAAAGAUUGGGACAGCAAGUCAGUAGGGAUAGAAGUGGAGAGGAAAGCUCCCUCCCUGAGCCUUCAAGUGCCUCUGCGUUCCCACAGCUCCUCCUCUUCCUCCGAGGAGAACAGCAGUUCCAGUGCGGCGCAGCCCUUGUUAGCCGGGGACAAAGAAAGUCCUUCUUCUGGUGCGGAAGAGCCAAUGGUUCAGAAGGAUGCCUUGCUUGCUUCCAAAAGAGAAGAUGGCCAAGGAAGUGUUCCUGCAGAAGUUUCAGGAAAUAGUCCUGUUUCUCCAAAUGCUCAGGAUAAGUCCGGAGCUCAGUCUCCCCUCAGGUCCCCCUUAAAGCGACAGGCAUCUGUGUGUUCCACCCGGCUGGGAAGCACCAAGAGCCUGACCGCGGCUUUCUACGGCGACAAGCAGCCGGUGACCGUCGGAGUUCAGUUCAGCAGUGACGUCUCCCGGAGCGACGAGAACGUCCUGGAUUCCCCCAAACAAAGGAGGAGCUUCGGCUCCUUCCCGUACACGCCCUCAGCAGACUCGAAUUCAUUCCAUCAGUACCGCUCGAUGGAUUCCAGCAUGUCAGUGGCUGAUAGUGAAGCCUAUUUUUCUGCAGCUGAAGAAUUUGAACCAAUAAGCAGCGAUGAAGGCCCAGGAACUUAUCCUGGGCGAAAAAAAAAGAAAAAACAGACACAGCAAAUUGACUAUAGCAGGGGUUCCAUCUAUCACAGUGUUGAAGGACCACUUUCAGGCCAUGGAGAAAGCAUUCAGGACACGCACACGCUGCCAAUCAAAACUCAUCCUUCUCAGGCGUCUUUUGUUUCAGCUCUGGGAGGGGAUGACGAGCUUGGAGAACACCUGUAUAUGACAGAAGGCGAGAAAACCACUGAAAAGGAGCAGAUCACUUCUCAGCAGCCUGUCAUGAGUUGUUAUCAGACUUACCUUACUCAAUUCCAGGUGAUUAAUUGGUUAGUUAAGCACCCCACAAACAAAAGAACCUCCAAAUCCUCAUUGCACAGACCAUUGGAUCUGGAUACGCCAACCAGUGAAGAAAGCUCCUCCUCUUUUGAACAUCUCUCUGUCCCAACUUUCAAGGUCAUCAAACAAGGCCUUACAGCUAAUUCUUUACUAGACAGAGGCAUGCAGCUUACAGGGAUGACUUCAAAUACUCCAUACACUCCUUUGGAAAAGAAAGUUAUGGAUACCACAGAUGAUGAAACGUUAACAGAAGAGUGGGCCUUGGAUCAGCCAGUGUCUCACACCAGGACGACAGCCAUCGCAGAAGUGAAGGGGACUGUGGACGUCGUUCUGACCCCCCUGGUAGCUGAAGCCUUAGACAGAUAUAUUGAAGCAAUGGUUCACUGGGCGAGUACCCGGCACCCAGCUUCGAUUGUGGACCAUCUCCAUUCCAAGGUCCUGAGAGAAGCCGUACAGAAUAGCAAGACGACCUUCUCUGAACACUUGUCCUCCAAGCAGGAGAUCAGAGGAACAAAAACUGAGCACCCGCCCCCAGGACGCCCCAACCAAGGACAAGCACAGACAAAUCUUGCGGCCCAGCAAGAGGACGUAGCCAUCAAAGGUCUCCAGGCCAAUGUCAGCGUGCCCAAGGUAAACUUGUGUUUAUUGCAAGCAUCAGUGGAAGAAUCGCCUACAGCUUCUGGGAGAAGUGUGACUCACGUUUCCCUUGUGGCAUUGUGUUUUGAUAGAAUUGCUACACAAGUUCGUAUGAAUAGAGGUGUGGUUGAAGAGACACCAAGCAGUACAGAACCUGGCAGGACAUCAAACUGGGAAAGAUAUGUCCAAGCCAGCAAGAUGCAGCCUCAGUCUUCUGGCUCCCUGCGAUCGAAUGCUGGAGCAGAAAAAGGCAAAGAAAUUGCUGCCAAGCUCAACAUCCAUAGAGUACAUGGACAGCUUCGGGGCCUUGAUACGACAGAUAAUGGGACCUGUGCCAUUACUGCUAUUCCUUUUGAGAAGUCAAAGGUUUUAUUUACUCUUGAAGAGUUGGAUGAAUUUACUUUUGUGGAUGAAACUGAUCAUCAAGCCAUUCCAGAUGUCGCUCGGGUCGGCCCUAGCCAGGAAAAGUGGGGCUGGAUCAUGUUUGAGUGUGGCCUGGAAAACCUGACCAUAAAAGGAGGAAGACAGUCUGGUGCUAUUUUAUACAAUACGAUUGGAAUUAUGGGUAAAUCUAAUGCCACAGAGAGGGGCGGACUGCUGACGUCCAAUAAUUCUUCGGAUUCCCCCACCGGCAGUGGUUAUAAUACAGACGUAUCAGAUGAUAAUCUUCCUUGUGACCGAAUAAGUCCUUCCUCAGACAUAAAUGGAAAUUCUAUUUCAGAUGAACAGGAUGAAGGAGUUGAAUCAGAUGAUUUGAAAAAAGAUCUCCCUCUAAUGCCUCCCCCUCCGGAUUCCUGCAGCAUGAAGUUGACUAUCAAAGAAAUUUGGUUUAGUUUUGCUGCUCCGACCAAUGUGAGAUCACCUGCACACACCUUUUCUAGGCAGCUGAACCUUCUGAGUACUGCUACUCCUGCUGUGGGUGCGUGGCUUGUCCCCAUUGACCAACUCAAAUCAUCUUUAAACAAAUUAGAGACUGAAGGAACCUUAAGAAUUUGUGCUGUGAUGGGAUGUAUAAUGACAGAAGCCUUGGAGAAUAAAAGUAUGCACUUUCCUCUAAGAAGCAAGUACAACAGACUUACUAAGCUUGCUCGUUUUCUCCAAGAAAACCCUUCAUGUUUACUUUGCAAUAUUUUACACCACUACCUCCACCAGGCAAAUUAUUCCAUCAUUGAUGAUGCUACAAUGAGUGAUGGACUUCCUGCCUUAGUAACUUUAAAAAAAGGUCUGGUUGCCCUUGCCAGGCAAUGGAUGAAAUUCAUUGUGGUCACACCAGCUUUUAAAGGUGUCAGCUUGCACAGGCCAGCUCAGGCCUUGAAACCCCAGGCUGUGGUGAGCCAUGACCAUGAGGACGGACUGGGACUAGACAGUGCUGGUGGUCUUCAGAGCGAUACCAGUGCUGAUGGUGCCGAAUUUGAAUUCGAUGCAGCUACUGUCAGUGAACAUACAAUGCUUCUAGAGGGAACAGCCAACCGGCCUCCGCAAGGGGGCGUUUCUUCUGGACCUGUAAGUGGAGCUGAGAUCAUGAGGAAAUUGUCAAAGACACACACCCACAGUGACUCGGCUUUAAAAAUAAAGGGUAUACAUCCAUACCAUUCUCUGAGCUAUACCAGUGGAGAUACGGCCACCGAUUCACCAGUGCACGUGGGUCGUUCUGGAAUGCCCGUCAAAGAAAGUCCAAGAAAGGAAAGUCUGCUCAGCUAUUUGACUGGGAGUUUUCCAAGCUUGCAUAAUCUCCUGGAAGGGACUCCUCAGAGAAGUGCUACAACAGUUAAAAGCAGUUCUCUGACAAGAACAGGAAACACGGUCGCCACAGACAUGCUAUCUGAACACCCUUUGCUCUCUGAGCCUUCCUCUGUCAGCUUCUAUAAUUGGAUGUCAAAUGCAGUGGGCAAUCGAGGAAGCUUGGCGCAGGAAUCUCCCGCUCCAAAGUCGGGACACAAUAGUCUUCCAACAGGUGUUGCUCCCAACCUUCCUACAAUCCCCUCUGCUUCAGAUUUCAAUACCGUUUUGUCAAGUGACCAGAACACCUUGGAUGGAACCCAUUCUCAGCACAGCACAAGUCAGGAUGAUGUCGCAGGGGUAGAAGAAGCUAACCAGGGAUUUCCUGCUGUCCAGCUUGCGGAUGCCCAGGUUGUCUUCAAACCACUGCUGAGCCACACAGGGAUUCAGUCACAGGACACGAUGCCACUCUGCUACCGAAUGUACUUUGGAGAACAUCUUUCGUUCUCUGGGACAUUAGAUUGCCUCAGAGCAGACAUUGUGGAUUCAGAUACAGCCAAGGAGAGAAGAAGCAAACGAGCAAGACGGCAAGGACAUGUCAGCCUUCCUCCACUUGAGUUCAAACCAGCAUUAAUGUUGGAAACCUUCAGCAUCAGUGCUGUUGUAAUGGAGAAGUCAACAUGUACCCCUCAGAACUCAACCAAUGCUUUUUCAUUUCACGACCUCAACAAACGUUACUUCAACACCUUUCACUGUAACUUUACUAUUUCCUGUCAGUCAAUAAGCCAGCAUGUGGACAUGGCUCUGGUUCGCCUCAUUCACCAGUUCAGUACCAUGAUAGAUGACAUCAAGGCCACUCAGACUGACAUCAAACUUAACAGGUACACGGCGGGGUCAGCUUCCCCCACCCCUACCUUCAAAACCCACAAGCAUCGCGACUUCCGCUCCUCCGACUUCAGCCGAAGCUCCCGGGGGAGCCUCAACGGUGGCAGCAGAGUCAACAAUGCAAAGGGUAAACGCACCAACAAUGAGAACAACAAGAAGGAGUCCCGCAACAAGAAUUCGUUAGGACGGUCGGAAAGAAGGACCUCCAAGGUGUCAAGGAAGGGUUCCAAGGAGGUGGUGGAUCACAUGGCCAUCCACAUGGACGACUCCGAUUCCAUCACAGUGUCCGAACAGAGUGAGCCCUCAGCAGAGUGCUGGCAGAACAUGUACAAGCUGCUUAACUUUUACUCGCUCAUCUCUGACCCAACUGGGAUAUUGGAGAAAUCAUCAGAAACAUUUGGUCCAACUGGAGUUCGGAGCCCUACAGAGCCUCCGUGUAAAGUUGUGUUUGAGAAUGAACAGGACAAUAGCAGCUUGACCAAAACGCACAGGAAGCGGAGCUUGGUCACUUCAGAGCCUCAGAAUGUCACUCUCAUAGUUUUUGGCAUUGGCAUGGUGAACCGCACGCACCUGGAGGCCGACAUUGGAGGACUCACAAUGGAAUCAGAGCUGAAAAGAAUUCAUGGCAGUUUUACCCUAAAGGAAAAAAUGAAAGAUGUUUUACAUCAAAAGAUGACCGAGACUUGUGCCACUGCUCAUAUUGGCGGGGUUAAUAUUGUGCUGCUUGAAGGGAUUACACCAAAUAUACAACUGGAAGAUUUCCCUACGUCUCCUACAAGCACUGCCAAACAGGAAUUUCUAACUGUAGUGAAGUGUAGCAUCGCCAAGUCCCAAGCCCUCUACAGUGCCCAGCGAGGGUUGAAGACCAACAAUGCUGCUGUGUUCAAGGUGGGAGCAAUCAGCAUCAACAUUCCCCAGCACCCGGCCACCUUACAUAGCAUGAUGGUCCGGAGCUCACACCAGCUUUCCAAGCAGAUCUCAGACCUCAUCAGACAACCAUCGACAGCCCCACAGUCUACAAAAGAAGAUAUUGCAACCCCCUUGCCUUCUGAAAAAACUCCAAGUGUAAACCAAACGCCUAUUGAAACCAAUGAAUUUCCGCAGCUACCUGAAGGCUUGGAAAAGAAGCCUAUUGUUCUUAAGUUCAGCGCCAUGUUGGAUGGAAUCGCGAUUGGAGCAGCCCUCUUACCAUCUCUGAAAGCUGAGUAUAAGAUGGGAAGAAUGAGAAGUCACGGGAUGACAGGUGCACAGACGAGAUUUACAUUUGAACUGCCAAGUCACCGAUUACGCUUUACUUCAAAAGUUUCUGCCACAGAUAUGUCAACUAUUCCUCCUUCUGCUAGUCUGAACCUUCCUCCUGUCACCAUGUCUGGGAAAUACAUAAUGGAAGAGCAUGACAGUUAUUCAGAUCAAGUGUGGAGUAUAGAUGAGCUUCCCUCUAAACAAGGUUACUAUUUACAGGGAAACUACUUGCGUUGUGUGGCAGAGGUUGGCUCAUUCGAACAUAAUCUUACAACUGAUCUUCUAAACCAUUUGGUAUUUGUGCAAAAAGUUUUUAUGAAGGAAGUUAAUGAAGUAAUACAGAAAGUUUCUGGUGGGGAGCAGCCCAUCCCUCUCUGGAAUGAGCAUGAUGGCACAGCAGAUGGAGAUAAGCCCAAAAUUCUCCUCUAUUCCUUGAAUCUGCAGUUUAAGGGCAUUCAAGUUACAGCCACGACUCCCUCAAUGAGAGCCGUGAGGUUUGAAACGGGAUUGAUUGAACUGGAACUCUCAAACCGACUUCAGACAAAAGCCUUGCCGGGGGGCAGCAGCUAUCUAAAGCUGUUCGGUAAAUGCCAAGUCGACUUAAAUCUGGCAUUAGGACAAAUUGUCAAACAUCAGGUUUAUGAAGAAGCUGGUUCUGAUUUUCAUCAGGUUGCCUAUUUUAAAACCAGAAUUGGGCUAAGAAAUGCCCUCCGAGAAGAAAUCAGUGGUUCUUCAGACAGGGAAGCUGUGCUCAUUACUUUGAAUAGACCGAUUGUUUAUGCUCAGCCUGUGGCCUUCGACAGAGCUGUGCUGUUUUGGCUCAAUUACAAGGCUGCUUAUGACAACUGGAAUGAACAGCGGAUGGCCCUGCACAAGGACAUUCACAUGGCUACAAAGGAGGUGGUUGACAUGCUGCCGGGCAUCCAGCAGACGUCUGCCCAGGCUUUUGGGACACUUUUCCUCCAGCUUACUGUUAACGAUUUAGGAAUCUGCUUGCCUAUCACAAACACUGCCCAGUCGAAUCACACUGGUGACCUUGAUACUGGCUCUGCUUUGGUAUUGACCAUUGAGAGUACUCUCAUCACUGCCUGCUCUUCAGAGUCCCUCGUUAGUAAAGGUCACUUCAAAAAUUUCUGCAUCCGCUUUGCCGAUGGCUUUGAGACAACUUGGGAUGACUGGAAACCAGAAAUUCGUGGGGAUCUUGUCAUGAAUGCCUGCGUGGUGCCCGAUGGCACUUACGAGGUCUGCUCAAGGACCACCGGGCAGGCAGCGGCUGAAAGUAGCAGUGCUGGGACCUGGACACUCAAUGUGUUGUGGAAAAUGUGUGGAAUUGACGUCCACAUGGAUCCUAACAUUGGGAAGAGGCUGAAUGCUCUGGGGAACACCCUGACCACCUUGACGGGAGAGGAGGAUGUGGACGACAUUGCUGACCUCAGCUCAGUGAAUAUCGCCGAUCUCGAUGAAGAUGAAGCGGACACGAUGUCGCCUACUGUGCACGCUGAAGUUGUAGAUUAUCGAAGGCAAGGAGCGUCUUGUACCCAGUCGGGAGAACUGAGAGGCAGGAAGAUCAUGAAGCGCAUUGUGGACAUCAGGGAACUGAAUGAACAGGCCAAAGUAAUUGAUGAUCUCAAAAAACUGGGUGCAAGUGAAGGAACCAUAAACCAAGAAAUUCAGCGAUACCAACAGCUAGAGUCUGUUGCAGUGAAUGAUAUUCGUAGAGAUGUCCGCAAGAAGUUGCGCAGAUCCAGCAUGCGAGCUGCUUCCCUGAAGGACAAAUGGGGUCUAGGCUAUAAACCCAGUUAUAGCCGGUCAAAAAGUAUUGCUGCUUCGGGAAGACCACCUCUUAAAAGAACAGAAAGAGCGAGUUCUCGAUUGGGAGAAAAUGAGGACCUCCCAGAAAUCCGUGUAGAUGCAGCAUCUCCUGGACCCAGAGUAACUUUCAAUAUCCAGGACCCAUUUCCUGAGGAAACAGAAUUGGACCUUUUGUCAGUAACCAUUGAUGGACCGUCACAGUACUCAUCAACCAGUGAAGGAUCGUGCUCCGUGUUCAGUUCGCCGAGAACUCCGGUUGUCUUCUCACAAGGCAUUCCUUUCCAAAGUGAAGAGGGGAGACGGGACGACAGUUUGUCUUCUUCCAGUGAAGAUUCAGAAAAAGAUGAAAAGGAGGAUGACCAUGACAGGGAAAGGCUCUAUUUUUACAGGAAACCCUCGCAUACAUCCCGCAAAAAAGCAACAGGCUUUGCUGCUGUGCAUCAGCUAUUUACUGAACGUUGGCCAACAGCGCCUGUCAACAGGAAUCUGAGUGGCACAGCCACAGAGAGAAAUAUUGACUUUGAACUUGAUAUUCGAGUUGAGAUUGAUAGUGGAAAGUGUGUCCUGCAUCCAACAACACUUCUGCAGGAACACGAUGACAUGAGCUUGAGGAGAAGUUAUGACCGGAGUUCCAGAAGCUUAGAUCAAGAAUCCCCCUCAAAAAAGAAGAAAUUUCAAACAAACUAUGCUUCUACUACCCAUUUAAUGACUGGCAAAAAAGUGCCAUCAUCUCUGCAAACCAAACCCAGUGACCUGGAGACAACAGUCUUUUAUAUCCCUGGAGUUGAUGUAAAGCUACAUUACAACUCCAAGACCCUAAAGACUGAGUCGCCAAAUGCUUCCAGAGGAUCUUCUUUGCCCAGAACCCUUUCCAAAGAGUCCAAGCUGUAUGGUAUGAGAGAUAAUGCCACGCCUCCUCCUCCUCCUCCUCUUUUACCUAGCACUUUCCAGAGCAAGACUAACACCUUACUUCCUCCCCAACCCCCACCUAUUCCCUCAGCCAAAGGGAAAGGAAGUGGAGGGGUGAAAACAGCAAAAUUAUAUGCCUGGGUCGCCCUUCAGUCACUACCAGAAGAAAUGGUGAUUAGUCCCUGUCUGUUAGAUUUUCUGGAGAAGGCCCUUGAAACCAUCCCUAUUACACCAAUUGAAAGGAAUUAUACUGCUGUUAGCUCACAAGAUGAAGACAUGGGGCACUUUGAAAUCCCAGACCCAAUGGAAGAGUCAACAACAUCACUGGUGUCAUCUUCAACCUCUGCCUACUCCUCCUUCCCUGUCGAUGUCGUGGUCUAUGUCCGAGUUCAGCCUUCUCAGAUCAAAUUCAGCUGUUUACCAGUAUCAAGAGUGGAAUGUAUGCUAAAGCUGCCUUCCCUGGACUUGGUAUUCUCCUCAAACCGAGGAGAACUGGAGACUUUAGGUACCACUUGUCCUACAGAUGCUGCAUCUCCUAGUGGUCACCCUACUCCGAGUGGAUCAAAGACCUUCACCAGUAAAACGGGGAUGCCAGGUUCCUCUGGACUAGGCAGCCCUCUUGGCAGAAGCCGCCAUAGUAGUAGUCAGUCUGACUUGACCAAUGCCAGCAGCAGUUCAUCCGGGUUGAGUUUCACUGCCUGCAUGUCGGACUUUUCCCUUUAUGUAUUUCAUCCAUAUGGAGCCGGCAAACAAAAAACUGCUGUUACUGGCCUCACCCCUGGGUCUGGGGGCCUGGGGAAUGUAGAUGAAGAGCCUACCUCAGUCACCGGCCGCAAAGAUUCCCUCAGCAUAAAUCUGGAAUUUGUGAAAGUGAGCUUGUCCCGGAUACGACGCUCGGGAGGCGCCUCAUUUUUUGAAAAUCAGGCUGCAAGCAAGUCGGCAAAUAAAAUGGACACUACAUUGAUAAACAUAUCUGCGGUGUGCGACAUCGGUUCAGCUUCCUUCAAAUACGACAUGCGCAGACUGAGCGAGAUUCUGGCCUUCCCCAGAGCCUGGUACAGGAGAAGUAUUGCCCGCCGCCUUUUUCUUGGCGACCAAACUAUAAAUUUGCCCGCGUCGGGCCCUGGGACGCCGGAUUCCGUCGAGGGAGUGAGCCAGCACCUUUCUCCCGAGUCAUCCCGCAAAGCUUACUGCAGGACCUGGGAGCAGCCCAGCCAGGCGGCUUCCUUCACCCACGUGGCCCAGUCGCCUACAGUGUUCAAUGAGCACGUGGCAAACAGCGGCAUGACCCCCGGAGCGACUGCUCAGAACCUGAAAUCUCCCGCCUCCAUGAGAUGCAGGAGUGUGUCUGACUCCUCAGUUCCCCAGAGAGAUUCACUUUCAAGAACAUCUACUCCUUUUAAUAAGUCCAACAAAGCAGCCAGCCAGCAAGGCACCCCAUGGGAGACCCUGGUCGUGUUUGCUAUCAACCUCAAGCAACUGAAUGUGCAAAUGAAUAUGAGCAAUGUGAUGGGUAAUACAACAUGGACCACUAGUGGUUUGAAAAGUCAGGGUCGUCUCUCCGUAGGAAGUAACAGAGACCGGGAGAUCAGCAUGUCUGUUGGCCUGGGCAGAUCCCAGUUAGAUUCAAAGGGAGGCGUGGUUGGAGGUACCAUUGAUGUCAACACCUUGGAGAUGGUUGCUCAUAUUUCUGAACAUCCAAAUCAGCAACCGAGUCACAAAAUUCAGAUCACUCUGGGUUCCACUGAAGCUCGUGUGGAUUACAUGGGGUCGAGCAUCCUCAUGGGCAUCUUCAGUAAUGCGGACCUCAAGCUGCAGGAUGAAUGGAAAGUGAAUCUGUACAAUACCCUGGAUUCAAGUAUGUCAGACAAAAGUGAAAUUUUUGUCCAUGGAGAUUUAAAGUGGGAUAUUUUCCAAGUAAUGAUUUCCAGAUCGACCACUCCAGACUUGAUAAAAAUAGGAAUGAAACUCCAGGAAUUCUUCACCCAGCAGUUUGACACAAGCAAGCGGGCUCUCUCCACCUGGGGACCAGUUCCUUACCUUCCCCCAAAGGCAACAGCCAGUCAUCUAGAGAAGAACUCGCAAGAACUGUUUCUGGACGCUGCUCAUCACCGCCACUGGCCUGGAGUUUUGAAAGUCGUGUCAGGAUGCCACAUCUCCUUGUUUCAGAUUCCGUUGCCGGAAGACGGGAUGCAGUUUGGGGGUUCUAUGAGCCUCCACGGAAAUCACAUGACACUCGCUUGUUUCCACGGGCCUAAUUUCCGCUCAAAAUCCUGGGCUCUUUUUCAUUUAGAAGAGCCAAAUAUUGCAUUUUGGACAGAAGCACAGAAAAUCUGGGAAGAUGGUUCAAGUGAUCACUCGACGUAUGUUGUCCAGACACUGGAUUUCCACCUAGGUCACAAUACCAUGGUCACCAAACCCUGUGGUGCUUUAGAGAGUCCUAUGGCAACAAUAACCAAGAUCACAAGACGCCGCCACGAAAAUCCGCCCCACGGAGUGGCCAGUGUGAAAGAGUGGUUCAAUUAUGUCACUGCCACAAGGAACGAAGAGUUAAACCUGCUUCGAAAUGUUGAUGCUAAUAACACAGAGAGCAGCACAACUGUGAAGAGUUCUAGUCUGUUGAGCGGCUUCAGAGGAGGUUCUAGUUAUAACCACGAGACAGAGACCAUCUUUGCCCUCCCACGGAUGCAGCUGGACUUCAAAUCCAUUCAUGUUCAGGAGCCACAGGAGCCUUCCUUGCAGGACACGAACAUCAAGCCGAAGGUGGAAUGUAGUGUGGUAACGGAAUUCACCGACCACAUUUGUGUGACUAUGGAUGCUGAGCUGAUUAUGUUUCUUCAUGACUUAGUGUCAGCUUAUCUUAAAGAAAAAGAAAAAGCUAUUUUUCCGCCUCGACUGUUAUCCACUCGACCAGGACAGAAAAGUCCAGUCAUCAUUCACGAUGACAAUUCCUCGGAGAGGGACAGAGAAGAAAGCAUCACGUAUACUACUGUAGACUGGAGAGAUUUUAUGUGCAAUACCUGGCAUCUGGAGCCCACGCUAAGGUUAAUUUCCUGGACUGGAAGAAAAAUUGACCCAGUAGGUGUUGAUUAUAUUCUUCAAAAAUUGGGCUUUCAUCAUGCCAGAACCACUAUUCCUAAAUGGCUUCAGAGAGGAGUCAUGGACCCAUUGGAUAAGGUUCUCUCGGUCCUCAUCAAAAAGCUCGGUACCUCACUGCAAGACGAGAAGGAAAGGAAAGGAAAGGACAAGGAAGAACACUAAAGAGUAACUGUCUGUGAACGAACUGUAACUUUGUGUCCGUUGAGUUUACUAUACUGAAGGGUUUUAUUGUAUAAUAAAAGUAUUUUCUGUAUAAUUUAAAGAUGAUUUUAGUGGGGUUUUGGCUACUGUGUUCAAACAGUUUGUGAGUUUAUCUGUUUAGUAUGGUAGCACCACCAUUCUGUAUACAGUGAAGUAUUGCAUGAUGAUGUAAGUUUUGUGGAAAAAAAAUAGAUUAAAUAUGUAAAUCUUUUGGUUAGCAUUUAUAAUUGUAUUAUGUGCAAUAUGAUUCCUGCAUCCUUAAAAUAUUUGCAGAUUAACUGUGAAUUUUUGUGACUAAUUAGCUGUAAUUUUUUUUUCAAAUCUUGCUGAUAAUUUGACCUUCUUUUUGGUUGGUAAUGGCUUUUAUCCCCCUUGGUAAUGUGUAGACUUGUAUAAAUUCCAGUAUGUAUAUAGUUUCAGAAACUGUGAUAUGAUUGCACAGCAUUAAAAUGUUGUUUGUUACAGUUGUAAUAAAAAGCCACGAUAACUUA